AUGGUCAACAUUCCCAAAACCCGCAGGACCUUCUGCAAGGGCAAAACAUGCAAGAAGCACACUCCCCAUAAGGUGACUCAGUACAAGAAGGGCAAGGAUUCCCUCUUCGCGCAAGGAAAGCGCCGUUACGACAGGAAGCAGUCCGGUUAUGGUGGUCAGACUAAGCCCGUCUUCCACAAGAAGGCCAAGACCACAAAGAAGGUCGUCCUGCGAUUGGAAUGCACCGUCUGCAAAUACAAAAUGCAGCUAUCCCUGAAGCGCUGCAAGCACUUCGAGCUUGGUGGUGAGAAGAAGACCAAGGGCGCUGCUCUUACCUUCGUUAAUGAUUUCCUCCGGCUCAAAAUGUGUGAACGCAUUGCUCGGAAUACACGCUUCAUCAUCGUAGUCACUAUGAUAUCAAUUCAACUGAUGCGCUCUACACCACAUUCAUCAGAAAUGCUUGUGGAUGAUUUACACACGAGAGAAAUUCAUUGGAUGGCUGGACGUGUUACGGUAGUCAAAGGUCUAAGUGGCCAAGAUGCUCAUUUCGACGAACUACAGCAAUAUUUCUACGAGAUGCAGAAGGUCACUGUUGAAACAGCGACGCCCAUUGAUUUUGUGUCAUUUGCAGCAUGCGCCUAUUUCUUUGGAGUGAUCAUGGCUGACUGCGACGCACCCGAGAUGGAAGAGGGCGGAGACGAAGAUGCUGAGGGAGAGUUAGAGGAAGAUACGGAACCUGUCCUCGAGGCAGACUAUCCGGAGUCAUCGGCGCCUACGUCACCACCGGCGUCAAGUACUGCAAGCACUUUCUCCAUUAUCGAUCCAAAUAGAGAAACAAGUCAAGAGCCGGAGGACGACAGAAUUAUUUUUGAGCGAUUCAGUCGUCUGUCCGAGCAAGAUAAGGUUCUGAAAUGGAGGGAAGCAUUCAUGGCGAAGGUAGAUGAUGUAGGGGAGGAGGAUGUGCAGUAUCCUUCACCUUCGAGAUGCCGCAUCGGAGUCGACUCUGACAAUGAAGAUGGACCGCUCUCAUAUGUUGGCAAGGGUAAAAUGCCAGAAAAUGGUGGCUCUUUUUUGGUCCCUCAUUCCCCAGACAAAUUCUCUGCAGUUAUGAGCAAUGUCAGCGACGACCCGGAAAGCUUUAUCAAUUGGCCCGAGGACUCGCCUAUCGAUAAUGAUGUCCAAGGACAGUCUUCAUUCACUGAUGACAGUCCAUCUCUUGCAGCUGUCCCGGAGGUCUACAAUCCUAUUUCACCUGUUAUUGUAGACAAGGAUUUCGGCCGUGAAUAUCUUGAAACCCCACGAUACAGGGCUCCAGUCCGCCGACUGCCAAAACCUGCAGUAGAUCCCGCAUACCAAGCUUUGCUCUACGAAGAAGCGGUCAGACAUAGGGACGAACUGCGCGCCAAACGGAUUGCGGAAUAUGAACGCAAGCAAGUCAAACAAGCUCGCCAGUUGGGUUUGCAAAUCAGGCCUCUUCCAUCGACGCCCACCGUGGCGUCACAUCCGCAAAAGGUGAACAAGCCGAUCGGGCUCAUCUAUCUCUGGAACUCGCAAAAUCUUGAUGAUCCAUUGCACAUGGGAGAGUGCAGCUUGGGGUUCUAUAUCACCCCUGAGUUCAGACAGAAGAAGCAUCUUGUUGAUGCUCUAAAUGAUGUCGUCAAGCAGGCAUUCCAAGAUGAUCAGUGCCAUCGUUUGCAAUCAAUAGUCGUCGAGAAUGACGACAAGCUUUACACGCAACAACUUCUCAGUGCUACUGGGUUCCGCCACGAAGGCACCCGACGACGUGCGUUCUUCAGUCCUACCGCCCAAGAAUGGAAAGACGUCACCUACUUCGCUAUGCUUGCGACCGAGUGGGUGUACGAUAAUAAUAACACUUCUUCCUCUUCAGUCCGCCUUCGAACUACCUCUAUAUGGGAUGAAAUCCUCACUCGCCACCAACGCGAACUCGACGAUCUACAUCGUAUGAAAGAAAAAAUGCUCAUACGAAGUCCCAGUCUCGAAACCAUCCGCCAGCAAGUGCCGCUGACUGCACCUUCGAGUCAUACAAGUUCAGAUACCAGAAGUACCGCUGACUCGGAGCUGCACGAGGGUAAUAGGCUGUCGAUUCACCCUCCACUGCAGCGCAAGAAGUUGGUCUUGGGGGCAGGCGCUCAAGCAAGGAGACCAAGGCAGGGCUCGAUUUCUGCCGUUGGUACAAGUGGUUCGACUAGCGGGCAGGCAAUGUCACCACGCUCUCCGACAUCGCCCAGCGUUGUUCGUGCUCGUUAUGGCCCAACCGUGCCUGCAUCCCCUACAAGGCCGCGUAAACGAUCCAUAGGCGGACAAAGUUUGAGUAGCGCCUCCAGUAGCUCGGCGUCAUCUCAAUGGGAAUUUGUGGAACGCAUGGAUGCUUGA